GUCGAGUCUCUUAUUACUUUACAUCCUCUAGAAAUUUAAAAAUGUCUAACCUCAACGUGCUUAUUGUCGGUAACGGUGGUAGAGAACAUGCUAUUUCUUGGAGAUUGGCACAAUCUUCAAACGUCAAAGCUAUCUACGUUGCUCCAGGUAAUGGUGGUACUGCAAUUACUAAUAAAGUUAUUAAUGUUCCUGAGUUAUCAGGAUCUCCUAAACAUUUUGAUGCUUUACAAAAAUUUGCUGUUGACAAAAAAAUUGAUUUGGUUGUUCCUGGUCCUGAACAACCUUUGGUUGAUGGUAUAACUUCAGUUUUCACUAAAGUUGGUAUUCCAGUAUUUGGUCCAAGUGCUAAAGCUGCUUUAUUAGAAGGUUCGAAAGCUCAUUCUAAGAUUUUUAUGGAUAAACAUAAUAUUCCAACUGCAAGAUUCCAAAAUUUCACUUCGUAUGAAGAAGCUAAAAAACAUGUGGAAACCGUUGAUUAUAAAAUAGUUUUGAAAGCCGAUGGUAUUGCCGGUGGUAAGGGUGUUUUAAUUCCAGAAACUAAAGAAGAAGCAUUGGCGGGUUUAAAUGAAAUUAUGGUUGAUAGAUCUUUUGGUACUGCCGGUGAUGAAAUCGUUAUUGAAGAAUAUUUGGAAGGUGAUGAGCUUUCAAUUUUAACUAUUAGUGAUGGUUAUUCUUUUUACAAUUUACCUGCUGCUCAAGACCAUAAAAGAAUUGGUGAUGGCGAUAAAGGUUUAAAUACUGGUGGUAUGGGUACUUAUGCACCUGCUCCAAUUGCAACUCCAGAAGUCUUAAGAAAAAUUGAUGAACAAAUUAUUAAACCAACUAUUGAAGGUAUGAGAAAAGACGGAUUCCCAAUGACUGGGAUUUUGUUUACUGGUAUUAUGUUAACUCCAUCAAAAGAACCAAAAGUAUUAGAAUAUAAUGUUAGAUUUGGUGAUCCAGAAACUCAAUCAGUUUUACCAUUAUUAACAGAAGAUACCGAUUUAGCAGAAGUUAUGUUAGCUGCUGCUGAACAUAGAUUAGAUUCUGUUACUAUCAAAACCAAGCCAAAUACUUUUGCUACUACUGUUGUUUUAGCAGCUGGUGGCUAUCCAGAUAAAUAUAACAAAGGAGACGAAAUCACCAUCAAAGAGCCUUUACCAAAAGAUACCUAUGUAUUCCAUGCUGGUACUGAUUAUAAAGAUGGUAAAGUUGUUACAUCAGGUGGUAGAGUCAUUGCAUCAACUGCCACUGGUGAAACUUUAAGACAAGCUGUUGAUCAAGCAUAUAAAGGUGUUGAGCAUAUUGAAUUUAAAGAUAAAUAUAAUCGUAAAGAUAUUGCACAUAGAGCAUUCAGAGAUGCUGAUAAAGCUGUUAAUAAACAAGGUACUACUUAUGCAGAAGCUGGUGUAUCAGUUGAUAAUGGUAAUUUAUUAGUCGAACAAAUUAAAGCUAAAGUUAAAUCAACUGCUAGAACUGGCGCUGAUUCAGAUAUUGGUGGAUUUGGUGGAUUAUUUGAUUUAUCAAAAGCCGGUUAUAAAACUGAUGAAACUUUAUUAGUUGCUGCCACUGAUGGGGUUGGUACUAAAUUAAGAAUUGCUCAAAUUAUGAACAUUCAUGAUACUGUUGGUAUUGAUUUAGUCGCAAUGAAUGUUAAUGAUUUAGUUGUUCAAGGUGCUGAACCAUUAAUUUUCUUGGAUUAUUUCGCAACCGGUAAAUUAGAUAUUGAAGUUGCAGCAAAAUUCGUUAACGGUGUUGCUGAUGGAUGUAUUCAAGCUGGAUGUGCUUUAGUUGGUGGGGAAACCAGUGAAAUGCCAGGUAUGUAUGACGUUGGCCAUUAUGAUACCAAUGGUACUUCAGUUGGUGCAGUUAAUAAGAAUAAAAUUUUACCACAAAUCAAUAAUAUGAAAUCAGGUAACGUCUUAAUUGGUUUGAAAUCUGACGGGGUUCAUUCCAAUGGUUUCUCCUUGGUUCGUCAUAUCAUUGAAACUUCUGAAAAUUAUAAUUAUAAAUCAAUUGCUCCAUGGACUAAUAAUGGUAAAACCAUUGGUGAAGAAUUAUUAGUACCAACUAGAAUUUAUGUUAAACAAUUAUUAAAAUCAAUCAACCAAGAUUUAUUACUCGGGUUGGCUCAUAUCACUGGUGGUGGUUUAGUUGAAAACAUUCCAAGAGCUUUGCCGAAAAAUUUACAAGCAGUUGUUGAUAUGAAUCAAUGGUCUGUUCCAGAUAUCUUUAAAUGGUUUGGUAAAGAAGGUAAUGUUCCAAUCGAAGAUUUGCUCAAGACCUUCAACCUUGGUAUCGGAAUGGUCCUUAUUGUUGAAAAACAAAACGUCGAUCAAGUUCUUAGUAACUUAAAACAAGAAGGUGAAGAUGCCGUUGUCAUUGGUGAAUUAGUUGAUAAGAAAGAAAAUGAUGCUGGAUGUAUUGUUAAAAACUCUUCCACCUUGUACUAAUCACUCUUCACUUCCUUUAGUUGUCAUUAGAUAGAUAUUU